AUUCUUAAUCCGGAACUUUCCUGUGUGUGAUUCGACUUUAAUAGAUUAAGCGGAAGUGAUGUCAUUCGGACUGCCAUCACAAGUUUUUUCUCUCAUUAUCGAUCGGUUAAUGGCUAAUAAUAGAUGAAAGUUAAAUGUAUAGAUCACCGUAUAUUUUUUGGACAUGGUUAUUUGUGAAGAAUCUAAAUAGUGGAAGUGAUUUUCACAAUACUUUAUACAAUUGACAGAGGUCGAAAUCCGCCAUCUUAUAACGAAAUAUUCUAGCAGUUGGAUAAGGAAAGAUGGCGAAAAAAACAUACGAUUUGUUAUUCAAAUUGCUUCUUAUUGGUGAUUCUGGUGUUGGUAAAACGUGUCUUUUAUUCAGAUUUUCUGAUGACGCCUUCAACACGACAUUUAUAUCCACUAUUGGAAUAGAUUUCAAAAUUAAAACAGUUGAACUUGGAGGAAAGAAAAUUAAAUUACAGAUAUGGGACACGGCUGGACAGGAGAGGUUCCACACUAUCACCACCUCUUAUUACAGAGGUGCCAUGGGCAUCAUGCUGGUGUACGACAUCACAAACCCCAAGACAUUUGAAAAUAUUUCCAAAUGGUUACGGAAUAUUGAUGAGCAUGCCAAUGAAGAUGUGGAGAAAAUGAUCCUGGGAAACAAAUGUGACAUGGAAAAUAAACGACAAGUAUCAAAAGACCGUGGAGACUCGAUUGCCAAAGAACAUGAAAUUCCAUUCCUAGAAACAAGUGCAAAGGCUAAUAUUAAUGUUGAAAAAGCUUUCAUGGAUUUAGCACAAGCAAUAUUGAAUAAGUCACCGUCGAGGGAUGCCAGACCAGAAGGCCAGGUCAUCAACGGAGGAAACCGACCCAGUCAGUCUAGUAAAUGUUGUUGAGGACAUCUCUCUCUCUCUCUCUGUAUUUUUGUGGGGACGUCAUCCUUAUUGUAUUGUGGAUUAAAGCUUUCAUAGCCAUUUGGUUCAGGAUAUUCUGUGGUAGUAACUCCUAAUCCCUGAACUUGGCCGAUCAUUUCCAAAACAACUUGGGGUUUUAUAGUAAUUAUCUAUUAAAUAUUACAAUGUAUAGAAUGUUAACACUAUUACUGGUAUGUAGCUGUUGGCAGUACUGAAAAAAUAUUCAUUUUCAAACUGGAGGAAAGAAUUUUCUGGUCCUUUUUUGUUUUUGGAUCGAUUUAUUAUGUUUGAAAUCUUUUUGAGUUUUUUUUUUUUAGUUUAAGGGGAGAAUAUAUGUACAUUGUAUAGCAUACCAUAAUUGCAUUCUGUGAAGUGUUUCACGUUUUAAUGAUACGAAAACUCUGACGAUUGUUGUACUCUCUUGUCAUUGAACUGUUCAUGUUUUACAUUUCAUUCAUGUACAAUGUAAAUUCUUAGAAACCCCAUUAUGUAGAUUUGCUGAAAAAGUUCAUUGUUCGGUAGUGAAGUAAGACAAUAAGAUUUGUUUUUUUAGUCCCCCCCCCAAAAAGUAUCUUUCAUGAAUUUCACAUGGUGUUAAAACUGUUAUUAGAGCCAAGUACACUUCAGGGUAUUCGUCCAAUUUACAUUUCUGAAAAUGUUUGGAGAGAAAAAAAUAUUGCAGUGUACUAGCGGAAGAAUAGUCGUAUUCUCCUAUUUUCUUACAUUGGAGAUGUGUAUAAUUUUAUUGAUAUCUAAAAGAAAAAUUCAUAUUUGAAAAUAAUUCUCAAUUACCAAAAGUAAAAAUAUAGAUUCCAAGAGGAAUGACAUGUGAUUUCCCAUGAUCCUUCCUUCCUAAUUAAACUACAAUUUUAUGUAUGAUUUCGUCAUAAUGUAAAUGAUGACUGUGUAGUUUUUCAUAAUGAUAAUUUUUGUUCAUGAAAACUGCUGCUGUAUAUGCAAGUUGGAAGCUGAAUGAGUCAUUGAAAGUACUUGUAUAAGUUAUUUUUGUGUGUUUGUUAUUUUUUGAUUUGAUCUAUUUGUUUUAAGUGAAAUAAUACAAUAGUUUGAUUCUUCAAAACGAAUUGGGUAUCAUCUAAAAUUUAAAUUGGAGAUGAGACAUAGCCAUCCUCAGUAUCAACAGUUAAUUUGUUCAUCUGAAUUCAACAGAUUUAAACGCUCCACCAUUUGUAGCGUUUUGUGUGUCAUUUUUGUUCUGUCACUUCAGUCUGGUGCAUACCUUGUACGUUUUUUACAUACCUUCAGUUUCAUCUGUAUCCAAUGAUAUCUCUGAUAGGAAUUAGUUGAUUAUCGUAGACUGAGAUUGUCAUGUUUAAUUUAUAAUUAAGUUGUGUCAUGUGAGCGAUGUGUCGUAGUUGUGUGCAUGCAGAGAUGGAUGGAUACAUUUCUGAGAUGUUUACUUGGUACCAAUUGCUUCCUCUUCACUGCCGUUUUUCGGUAAAAACUGGAGUUUAUGAUAUAAUGGUGAUAAAAACGACAGUGGCAACCUGUUAUGUUUUAUGCAACACGCAGGACAACAAUUUCAAAGAGACUUUUAUGCCACGUGAAGCAUGCAACAUUUUUAAUAUCAUGGAGUUAUUUUUUAAACAGAUGUAAAACGUGUCGCACAGGAUGGAAAUAACACCUGAAGAUUACCAGCUUAUGUUGUUGCCUGUGUCACAAUAUGUGUGCUUUUUAUGGCUGCUGUCCACUCGGUGUGCAAGGUCAAACUAAUCGAAGCUUUCAUUGUGGACCAGAGGGGUCACCGCAGUGGUGGUGAUCAUCUGUGAUGGAGUCUUCCCGUUAGUGAAUUCAAGGGUAGGGUGUCACAGUCAGGACUCGGGUUUCAUUUUUAGGACUCGGAAGUUGGAGAAUGCUGUCAGCCUUUGCUUAUUUCAUGUAUAUAUAUAUAUAAUACUGAGUUGAAUUACCAGCAUACAGUUUGUAUUGAAUGAUGUAGAGACCUGUUCUCCAUUUAGGCUUUUCAUAUUGCUUCAGAUAUUCACUCCUAAUUUUAUUCUGAAAUAAACAUUAAAAUGAAGUUA